AUGGUUUCUAUCCAUGAAAUCACUCAUGCUCUUGCUUUCGCCCCAGAAUUAUUUGACCUUUUUAAAAAGCCAAAUGGGUUGCCUUAUUCUGAUGACGAAUAACUAACUCACCUCCCCUUUCAAUUUGAAAAAAAUCUGUUCCAGUUAAAGAGGUUCAUUUUUGUUAAAAUUUUUAAAAUUAAAAAAAAUAAAAUUGAACCAAUAUUUUUGAUUUUUAUGGAGAAUUAAUUCAAAAAAUUAAUCGAUUCAAUAUGAAAACUGUUAAAAUAACUAAAGAAAUUUAUUUUCCCAAUAGAGAAAAAUGAGUGACAGUAUUGACUUUACCUACAGUCGUUUCCAAAGCUAGAGAAAUUUUUGGCUGUGAAAACCUUGAAGGGAUUGAGCUAGAAGACUAUGGAGGUUCAGGGUCAGCUGGCUCUCAUUGAGAUAUGAGAAUUUUGCCUGGAGAUUACAUGUCUCCUCAGCUUUCCUUUGAAUCAGUCUUUUCUGCUAUAACUUUAGCCCUAUUUCAAGACUCUGGCUGAUAUGAUGUCAAUUUUGACUAUUCCCAGCAGAUCUUAUGAGGACACAAAGCAGGAUGUGAAUGGCUUGAAGAUAAAUGCUUUCGUGAUGAAAAUCCUAAAUUUUCAGGGUUUUGCAAGCCAAGUAACAGGACUGGCUGUGACGUUUAUCAUCUUUCAGAAUCUUUUUGCGCUUCAAAACUUGUUAAUAAUAUUCCUACAAAUGAACAGUAUUUUAAUGACCCUGAUUUAGGUGGCUCAGUUUCUUAUGCAGAUUUUUGUCCUUACAUGUACCCUUUUAGCAAUCGAAAAUGCAGAGAAUUAUCGUCACUUUCGUAUCCAAAAUAUUAUGGGGAAAGUGUAGGGGUAAAUAGCAGAUGUGUUGAGUCGACCCUGCUGAAUAAAAAAUACAAGUUCAGCCCUGAAAUUAAAGGAAACUGCUAUGAAGUCAUUAAUUGUACUUAUACGUAUGCUACGCUCAGAGUAGGGGAUCAAGAAGUUAAUUGCCCAUUUGAUGGGGGUAAUAUUACGAUAAAAGGCUAUAAUGGGGUCUUAAUCUGUCCUAAUAGUGACGUUCUCUGUAGUGAAAAGCCUUAAAUAAUUUUUUAAAAAUUAUUUUUUAAUAAAAAGCAUAAAAUAAAUUUCAAAAAAAAAAUAAAAAGCCUUGCUUUCAUGCUUGUAGUGGCCAAGGUAAAUGCAUAAAUGGGAAAUGCCAUUGUAAUCAAGGAUUUGAAGGAGAUGAUUGCACCCCUGGUUGCGAAUUAACUUGUAAAUCAUGUAAAGGGCCUGGAAAAUUUAAUUGCAGUUCUUGCUGAGAAGGUGCUGACUUAAUUGAUGGCGCUUGCUCGUGCAGACCUGGGACUGAGUUUAGCUACUAUAAAAAAAUCUGUGUAGAGUCUCCAAAGGUAUCAUUUUCUGUAAAUUCCGAGAAAUUAAUUGUUAUAACUCUGUUAUAUUUAUUUUUCUAA